GGGGUCGCAGCGGCCUUGUCUGGGGAAUGUGGAGAGCGGGCAUGGCUGCUGGCGAAGGCCUGGGGCCGGCGCUCAGGGCGGUCCAGGAGCAGGUGCAGCAGGCGGCGGCCCGGAGGCCCCAGAGCUUGCCUGCUAUACAGCCUCGCCUUGUAGCUGUCAGUAAAACAAAACCUGCAGAAAUGGUGCUUGAGGCCUACAACCUUGGGCAGCGCAGUUUUGGAGAAAACUAUGUCCAAGAAUUAUUGGAAAAGGCAUCAGAAUCCAGGAUUCUGUCGUCUUGUCCAGAGAUUAAAUGGCAUUUCAUCGGGCACUUGCAGAGACACAAUGUCAACAAACUGAUUGGGGUACCUAACCUUUUUAUGUUAGAAACGGUGGAUUCGAUAAAACUGGCGGACAAAGUGAAUAGUUCUUGGCAGAAGAAAGGCUCUUCAGAGAAGCUAAAGAUUAUGGUGCAAGUGAACACCAGUGGCGAAGACAGUAAGCAUGGGCUGCCCCCUGAAGAAACGGUGAUGACAGUGGCACACAUCCUCCAGAAAUGUCCCAGCCUUGAAUUUGUGGGCUUGAUGACCAUUGGGAGCUUUGGCCAUGACCUCAGCAAGGGACCCAAUCCUGACUUCCAGAAGUUGCUGUCCUUGCGCCAGGAGCUGUGUGACGCCCUCAACAUCCCCCUUGAGAAAGUGGAGCUGAGCAUGGGCAUGUCGACGGACUUCCAGCAUGCAAUUGAAGUCGGGUCCACCAACGUUCGAAUCGGAAGCACCAUCUUCGGAGAGCGCACUUAUCCCAACAAGCCUUUAAGUGACAAAGCCCCGAGGGAGAUCACAGGGAAACUGGGGGACCUGGCAGUGUAGCAGCACUACCUGGAAAAGCCCCCGAGGGCCCCUCAGCUGGGGGAUCCGUUCUGAUAGACCUGACUAUGCACUUGACUUUCCCUAUGUGCUGACAGCUGUCUGGGGGGCACUAUCAGGAAACCAGAGGGCGUUGCAGGCACUUCGUCACCUGUAAUUUUAUUAAUGUGUAUCCAUAGAGAUUGACUUUCUAAACCAGCAAACGAUCACCUGUGCUCAACAAGUGACUUUUGGUACUUUAGCUACAGUGACUUUAGAUAGCUCAAUUGGAUAACCAGCUGACUUCAGCCCAAUUAGCUCUGGGCAUGAAACAUCUCCAGCGGUGGCCAUUGCACAUUUCUAUCCAGAGGCCCAUUUUGUUUUAAGUGUCCCCCCCUCACCCCCCUCACACAGUGGAAAUCCCUUGGGCAUGCUUUGUCAUUCAUCUCCCUUGAGAUGCUGUAUGGUAACCUGCUGUGCUGUGUGUAGAGAGACGCUUCGGUGCAGAGAUCACGGUGACACUAAAGCACCCCUACGUAGCAUUGGGUGGUUUUGUGUGUGAUACCUGGAGGAAAGAUGGGUAAGGACCUCCUCACAAGCAUCGGCUAACAGAAAGCUUUGCUGUGGGUUUGGAGGGUUGUUUCAGAUCAAAGCUGCCUUCUGAAAACGGGUGCCACCAGCACAGAGCACUGGCUUUCUGUCACAUUGUUUUGCUCUCGAAAUGUCCCUUUCCUCCCACCCUCGGGUAAACCGAUGAUUGGAGCUUCUGCAAGGUAGCUGUGUGUCCUUCUCGCCAAAGCCGAGGAAGCUCUGGGUUCUGCGGCUGACUUGCUGCGUGAUCUUGGCCAAGUCAGUGAACCAUACUGUGCCUGCGUCCCGAUUUGAGAUUCGGGGCUGACCUACCUCACGUGGCAAACAGAGAGGCUGCCAUGCAUGGAAAGCUUCCGUGGGACCCUCUUCCCCCCCUCAUUCCCAGCAGGAAGGCAAUGCCGCAGAGUAAACCAUUUUAAAGCGAAGAAAAUCUAACAGCCAACAACAACUCACACAGGUGUGAGACGGGGCAGUUGUGAUGGUGGAUCCGUGAGUGGUGCGUACACAAAGGAAUGGUGACCCCGGGCAGCUAGCGACCUCCCCCCAUUUUCAUGCCAGGCUUUGUCGCCCCCCACACUGGGUUCCAAAUGGUAGAAAGUAACUGUGUCGUAUCCCCACUGCAUACGCUCCACCUUCUUUAAAGACAGCAAACCUCACUGAAGCCUCUGUGACUCCGGCGUCACAAAAAAAUCUCAUCCAAAUGUUCAUCCUUCCUCAGCAGAACCCCCAACCAGUGAAAAUGUUUACAGUGGAAUCUGUUUUGUAACUCACAUGUUGACAAUCUACUUCAAGGCCCAGCCUGCUGCUAUAAAUGACUCGAGUCUCUGGCAGAAAUACCUUCCUCCCCCAUAGCUUCCUGCUUGGUUUGCUUUUGGGUUAAUCCAGGAGUGUGUUAUUGGGUUAAUCGUCGGAGAGGGAGCAUGCGUCAGCGGUGCAGAACCCCUCCUUGGCCCGCGGAAGGGCCCAAGUCUAGGCCCUGGCCAGUCCAGUUCAAAGGUUAUGAGAACGUGUUCUUGUUAAAUCCCUGGAGAGCUGUUGCCAGCCUCGAUGGACAAAUUAACUUCCCGUGCUCCUAGCUGUGGCAAAUGCUUCGGUUUUUGCACCCUAGAUACAACUCUGAAUGUAAGUGCAAAGUACAAAAUGCCCGCCAUGCUAGUGUCCUGUUGCGUAGCUGCAACACCAAACGCAAUGCAGCUUCCCCGCCCUUCCAAGCUCCACAGUGCAAUGUUCUCGUCGUGUGUUGAGAGUAAAACCAGUUGUGGAUCAGAAUACUGUACCAUCUGUGCCAGUUGCUAAACUAUUAAAGCCGCUAUUUUUUCCUGA